GCCAGGGCAGCUGAUGGUUGUGGCCAAAGUGUCCUAAGGUAGCUGCUGGGCCUGCCCCUCUCCCCACCUUCCUGUCCUGCCCCCACCACCACCCUGGCCCCCCUCCCUCAUGACCGCCUGGAUCCUCCUGCCUGUCAGCCUGUCAGCAUUCUCCAUCACUGGCAUAUGGACUGUGUAUGCCAUGGCCGUGAUGAACCGCCACGUGUGCCCUGUGGAGAACUGGUCCUACAAUGACUCCUGCUCUCCUGACCCUGCCGAGGAAGGGGGGCCCAAGACCUGCUGCACCUUGGAUGAUGUUCCCCUCAUUAGCAAGUGCGGUACAUACCCCCCAGAGAGCUGCCUCUUCAGCCUCAUUGGCAACAUGGGUGCAUUCAUGGUGGCUCUCAUAUGCCUCCUACGCUAUGGGCAGCUCCUGGAGCGCAGCCGCCACUCCUGGGUCAACACUACGGCACUCAUCACUGGCUGCACCAACGCCGCGGGCCUUGUGGUGGUUGGCAACUUCCAGGUGGAUCAUGCCAAGUCCCUGCACUAUGUCGGCGCGGGUGUGGCCAUGCCUGCGGGGCUGCUCUUCGUGUGCUUGCACUGUGCUCUCUCCUACCAUGGAGCCACCGCGCCCCUGGACCUGGCAAUGGCCCAUCUGCGGAGCGUGCUGGCCGUCAUCGCCUUUGUCUUCCUGGUUCUCAGUGGGGUCUUCUUUAUCCACGAGAGCUCUCUGCUGCAGCACGGGGCAGCCCUGUGUGAGUGGGCGUUUGUCAUCGACAUCCUCGUCUUCUACGGCACCUUCAGCUAUGAGUUCGGGGCAGUGUCCUCCGACACACUGGUGGCUGCAUUCCAACCUGCCUCUGGCCGGGCCUGCAAGUCCUCAGGGGGCAGCAGCACCUCCACACACCUCAACUGUGCCCCUGAGAGUAUUGCCAUGAUCUGAUGGGGAG